AUGAACAAAGGAUGCGUCGAAGAGCAAAAUGCUUUCUUCGAAAGGCCAGAUGAUUCCAUGAAAGCACAUUUAAAGCCUUUGUUCAUAAAAGGAAAGGUGGAGAAUGUUGGUGUAAACAAGAUACUGGUAGAUGGCAGAGAAGCAGUGAAUUUGAUGUCCCAUUUCAUGCUGAAGAAGAUUGGGAAGGAUGAUUCAGACGCAAAACCCCAUAACAUGGUGUUGUCGAACUACGAAGGAAAAGUAGGAACCACUAUGGGCGUUAUCCAGGUGAAUUUGACUGUUGGAACUAUAACAAGGCCAACAAUGUUCAUGGUCAUUACUACAAGGGCGAAUUACAACCUACUACUUGGAAGGGAGUGGAUUCAUGGUGUAGGAGCCGUACCUUCUUCAAUGCAUCAGCGAAUAGCCAUUUGGAGGCCAGACGGGAUUGUCGAAAACAUUGAGGCUGAUCAAAGCUAUUUCAUGACAGAAGUAAACAAUGUCAACAGUCAAAGUUUCGACAAGAACCUGGCUUUAGCAUUAACAAAAUAUUCUUUGAAAUAUUUGCCUUUAAAGGCUGUGAAAGGACAAGUGGUUGCUGAUUUUAUAGCUGACCACUCUAUAGAUGAGAACGUAGAUAGCCAAUAG